AUGAAUUUUCAUCUCUCUAAACUCCACAAGCCCAAAGGCCACUUUGUUCUAUCUCCUCCACUCCCUUCUCAUCACUCCACGACCCACACCCUUUCCAGACCCUUCUCAUCUCAGCCUCUCUCUUCUCAACCACCAGACCCAGACCCACCUUCACCUUCGCCAGAACUCGUCAAUGAGCUUUCUCGCAUUCUCAGUGACUAUCGAAGCCCCCACCACGACAUCGAAUCAGCUCUCACUUCAUUCUCAUCCCAAAUAUCCACCAAUUUGGUUGAGCAAGUCCUCAAACGGUGCAAAAACCUUGGGUUCUCUGCCCACGGAUUCUUUCUUUGGGCUCAGCGAUUGCCUGGAUUUAGUCACAGUAAAGAAAGCUAUCACAUUNGAAUAAGUCCGUAG